AUGAAAUUCGCUAUAUUGGCCUUUCUCGCUUUUUGGUCUGCCAAAUUCGCUGCAGCCGCUGGUAGCGCAGCAGCCACUGUCGGUGAAGUUAAUUUGAAAGACCUGGGUUUUAAACUCUACGGCCGCCACAAGGAAACUGGUUCUGCAGCCGCAACCUCAUGCCCUCUCGGUACACUUCCCGAAAGAGUUUUCUUGCACAAGUCAGUCAAACAUGGUGAGCAUUUCUUCACCUGGGUUAAGCCAGUACAUGGAUUGGUAAACAAACUAGUCUGUGGAUCUCAUAAAGUAUGGGAGGGAGCCGCUGGAGAGUUGCUUUUGGACUUCCACUUCUUUGGAAAGGCCGAUGAUGUAAAGUUUGUUCACCUUGAACUCCUAACCGCACUCGGUGGUGCUGCACACGCUUUCCUGAAAUUCGCAGCAGGAGCCUCAGCUACUGCAGAGGUUUUGGGUCUUGCACCAUUUGUUGCAGCUGUAGUAGAUUUGAUGAAAAAAGAAUUUUUGGGAGUAAACGCACUGCCAGCACACGAAUUGUUACAUCAUCUCGCAUUUCAUGCUGGUCUUGGCUUAAAGGCAUUGCCUGAUGCAAAAGCACCAGCAUCAUAA